UGAAGCGCUGUUUGUGAUUUGGGGCUGAAAAAGCUGCAGUGGUUUGUUGUGUUUGUGUUUGCAGCAGCCUGUCAUGGACUCUGAAUUGUUUGAGCGGCACUACUCAGAGGUGGUGGCGCAUGAGAGGAGUGGCCACACGGCGUUGCUGGAGGACAACCUACUGUACGUGUGGGGAGGAUAUAUGUCUAUUGCUGAUAACGAAGUCUUCCUUCCCAGUGAUGAAAUCUGGGUGUAUGACUUAGAACGUGGUGUAUGGAAAGCUUUCAGUAUGAAUGGGGAGGCCCCGCCCUCCAUGUCUGGCUGCUGCAGCUGCUUCCUGAAUGGUCACAUGUACAUAUUUGGGGGCUGUGAUGACAACGGACAGACAAAUCAGGCGAGUUAAUGUUUAAGAUAUUGUUGGAAUCAUGCCGCAUAUAGGCCAUGGGCCGUGUAAUCAAUAUCCCUUUUGAUUUUUGACACCAUGGCUUACAUCUGGUCCCAAAUGAUGGCAAAUGAAAUAGUACUUGGCAAAUGUUGGCGAAUGAAAGC